ACGUCAUUGGUCGGGCCCAAAGAUACUGCGGCGACAGUGAUGGCGGCCGAGGGCGACAUGUCGGCGAGGGGACGGCGCAUUGGCGACGACAGCGCCCUGGACUGCAGCUCCAGCAUCUAUGAAGCAGACCCGUACGACGAGUGCACUAACCCCCAGGGCAUCCUUAAUUUGGGAACUAGUGAGAACAAACUUUGUUUUGACAUAAUAGAAGAGUGGUUCAACAGACGUAAUGGUGGAAAGAGUAUUGCACCUGACUUGUUACAAUAUUCCUGUGUUCAAGGAAUUGAGAGUUUCAGGGAGGAAAUUGCGAAAUUUCUUACUGAUUAUACCAGAGCUCCAAAAACAUUACAUUCAGAGGAGAUUAUAAUUAUGAAUGGAUGUUGUUCCAUUUUUGCUGCACUUUCUAUGGUCUUGUUUGACCCUGGAGAUGGCUACCUGAUUCCAACUCCCUAUUAUGGUGGCGUGAAUCCAUACAUGGACCUUUAUGGGGAAGUGCAAGCUGUGCAUGUUCAUUUGGAUAGUAAGAUAUCGGAAUAUGAAAGUUUACCCUUUCGACUAACAGUGGAUAAGCUUGAAGCAGGGAUGCAGCACGCAAAGGAAAAGGGCAUCAGAGUCAGAGCUUUAAUCCUGAUCAACCCUCACAAUCCGUUAGGCGACAUUUACCCUGAACAGUUACUGAAAGACUGUCUAGACUUUGCACACAGACACAAAUUGCAUGUAAUAAUGGAUGAAAUUUACAUGCUAUCACGGUUCGAGGACAUCAACUUCACCAGUAUUCUUAGUUUGAAUGCACCAGAUCCAGAAAGGAUACACUUUAUGUGGGGAUUUAGUAAGGAUUUUGCCAUGUGUGGGAUACGUGUUGCAGUUUUGCAUACAAGAAACAAAGAAAUCCGUUCUGCGCUCAAUCGCCUAGCCAGUUUUCAUCGAUGUCCAGGGCCUAUUCAAUGCAUUCUGAGACAGCUAAUUGCUGAUAGGGAAUGGAUAAACAAGACUUAUCUCCCAACAAAUCAACGGCGACUGAGGGAAGCGCACCGUAUUAUUGUGGAUGGUCUGGCUGCACUUGGGAUUCCAGUUCUUCAAAACUCGGCAGGCCUAUAUGUUUGGGCAGAUUUUAGAAAAUUUCUGAAAACUCAGACCACAGAAGCUGAGAUAGAUCUCUGGUGGAAACUCAUUCAUGGAAAGCUGUACAUAAACCCUGGCAUUGCUUUUGGCUGUUGUGAACCUGGAUGGUUCAGACUGGUUUUUUCAGAUGUUGCUGAUAGAAUAAAUUUGGGGAUUCAGAGGUUAAAGGUGACAUUACAAGCUUAUGUUUCAGAAACAAUUCCAAUGGAUGAUCUGAAGGAGGUGCCUUCUAGUUUGGUCUCUGCCAAGAUGUGUUCGGAUGAUGACUCUUCAGAGUGGGGAGAAGAAUUGCUGCAGAGAACAUCAGAAGCCCUUACACAAAAUAACACAAUAGUUAAUGUGACUGCUUUCACAUCUGCAACAGGAUAGGCAAUUGUCACCUGUACAUUGAUCUAAACUGUUUAAAUAAUAUUUGGCACUGAGUGAAGCCAAAAUGUAGUUGAAAAACUUUCUAUGAACUAAUUUAAGUUUUCCUCCCUCACUGUAUAGUUACCCAGUAUGCUUUGCUUAGGAUAUAUUAUGAAUACAUAGAACAAGUGCUGUAUGAACAGGAAUGAAUGACAACAUAAAUAUGUCUAUUUAGGGUGGGAUGUUUCAACACUAUGGAGUAAAUUUGCUAUUCAGUGAGGUUUUUACACAAGGGUCAUCUGAUUUUGCAUUGGUUUAUACCAGUGUUAAAAUAACAUUUAGAGGCAAAUAGAUUCUAAUUUGUGUAAUUAUUCAUACUCGAGUUAUUUAUUUCCUCUUAGAUGUUUAGAUUUUUUUAAAUGUUUUGAUGCCUCCUUUUGUUACAUGCAUUCUCCAUUUUUAAUUGCAGCCCCUCAGUCCACUGAAGACUUCUGAAGUAGAAAUGUGUAAAUAGUGAGAAUCAAAUGUAAUAGAAUCUGCUAUUAAAAAUUCUGUGAUUUUAAAUGUUUGGAAAAAAAUUAAAAAAAUGAUUACCUA